AUGUCAGCAGUCAGACCACCAUCGGCGACUGCAGCUAACACAAAUUUAUUACUUCUGUUAGUGACUGAAAGCAAAAGAUGCCCAUUAUCCAUCCCUGCACCAGUCAAAAUCGCGUCUGCAGCACCAAUUCAAUCGCACCUCACUGCUCCACGCGAUCUGAAGGGAGAGACUUAUGAUUGGUCAUCUCUGCUAUUCUUAUUAACAAUACAUCGCAAGAAAAUAUGCGAAAUAUCGAAAAAUAGCGGCAUCUUCGCAAGAAUGUUAGACAACGCAUAUAACUACAAGAAAUAG